AUGUCUUUACCAGUUGCAGUUGUUAUACAACAGCUCCAGGAGCCGGACUCGGUAGUUCCCAUAUUGAAGUCCUUAUAUACCAAUUUGAAUGCCUUAUGCCAUUCAAAAGCUGAAGCUAACCAUUUGGUGUCUCGCACUUUAAACCUCAUGUCUGCUCAUCUCGCCUACAAAAAAUGGUGUGGAGUUGUUAUAACGGAGGUAUUAGUGAAGAACUACGAGAUAUUGAGUGGUAGCGGCUUGAAGUUUGUUAAUGCUCUUCUCAAGAUCCUUGAAACAGCCAACCAGUCUACAGAUAUCAAGUUGUUCAAUGCUACCGUCCGGUGUUUGAACAAGGUUUGCGAUGAGAUCAGAGGUAAACCGACAUUAACCAGAGAAAUUUUGACUCCAAAGUUACCAGUGAUUAUCCAAUUAUACUUAAACACCUUGGACUUGAAUCCUGAGUUGAUCAUUGAGUCUUUGUAUAAUCUUAUGUCCCAUCAUCCUACUACUUUCAGACCUUUUGCAAACAAGUUGAAUAGCAGAUUGGUAGAGUAUUUGAAAUUAGACUUCUCCAGUUUCCCAUCGACCUUAAAGUUCCAUAUUUCCAGAACUUAUGCCUUAUUGCCUAUCAUUGAAAAGACUGACGCAGAUAAGGUUUGGUCCAAUAAACUCAAUGGUGUUAUCAAUGAGAUUGUGGAUAUCCUUUCAAUUUUCAAAGAUUUGAUUGAUUUCAGCCAGGAUAGCGAACUUCUCUCCUUGAUUUCAAACCCUGUGUUCAAAGUCAUUGAUGAUGCCAGAAUAUUUCCUUUCUUACAAAUAGAUAUUUCGAAGCCAGAAACCUUAUUGCAGCUAUCCACUAGACUUGAGACGCUUUUUUCUUUGUUAGUGGGAUUUAUUUCCACCUCCUUGGGAAUGUGUGUAAAGUUCCCACUCGGUAAAGUCAUCAGCUUGAUGGAGAUCAUUUUCAGCAUUAACACUCACUACUUACCCGUGAAAAGAGAUAUUCGUGAUGAAAAAGCCAAAGCCUUAACCAGAUCAAUCACUAUAAAGAUCCAAGAAAGUAGUUUACCCAUUUUGAAUGCUUUAACUACGACAUUUCAAGGACCCAUGAUCAUUUACUUGACGAAUAUUCUCUUGGUAUUAGAAACUUCCAUUCCCAUGAAUAAGAAAGCCGUCGACUCUGAAGAAGUCUUGAAUAAUGAGCAAUUUACCACCAAGUUAUUAUCUACUGUGUCCAAGAUUUUGCAGCUUGUACAGUUAUAUCAAGAGCCUCAGCAACUAGUCCGGUUUGUUGAAGCUGCUUUGAUUUUGGUGGAACCAAGAAUCAAUGUUAAUGGUUCAUCCAGUAGUAAUAUUGACAAGGCCAACAAUACCAAAAAGACCAAGAAGAAGAAUAGCCAAGCCAUUCCAAUGGCUGACUUGUUGUCACAUAGCCACUUAUUUGAUGGUGAAAUCCCGGCUGAAACCAUUGAUACUGUCAGAACGUUUGUCAAUUCGGUCAUCACAAGAACAGAAUUGCCUUCUACGCAACACUACAAAAUCAUGAGAUACCUCAUAAUAGAAGCAGUGAAGUCCACUCAUUUCAGCUAUAACAACUCCAUGCUGUCAGAGUUGAAGAGACUAUUAAUCAAUGCUGUUACGUAUCCAGGUUUCGAAAAGGUGUCUCUUCUUCCAAUUGUAUCUUCUAUUAUGGGCGAUGAUCCCUUAAUCAGCGUGUUCAACAACCCCAGAUUUCCUCCUGUUCCCCAACUUAUCGACAAAAGUGUUGAAUCUGAUAGUGAAGAAGAGGAAGAAGAGGAAGAAACUACUGUUCUACCCGAAACAAAUGUAUUAUCGGAUAUACUCAACAAAAGAACAUUUGAAUAUGCCAACGAUACAGUUGAUACAGAUGGUAAAAGACUCAAAACCGAACAGAAAGUGCCACAGAUUCACUUACAAGAUCAAUCUGAAUCUAUCUCAUCCUUAAAAUAUCAACCACAAGAUGUUUUGAAAUUCAAGGAAUCAGAUACACCCAAAGUUGCAGCCAAACUGCCACAUCAAGUUUCUAAUGAAACAAACACCCUGAAGCACAUCCCAGUAACCCAAAUGUCACUCACACCAUCACACGCCUCAACUGAUGCCGGGGAAGCGUCUGGAGACGAGUCUGACUUCGAAAUGCCCCAAAUAGAUAUAGAUGGAGAUUCUGAUCAAGAAUAG